AUGAAGCUCACUUCCAUCGCCUUGACGGCGGCGGCUGCCACUGUCGCCGUGGCUCAACCGCAUAACCAUGCUCAUCGACACUUGCACGAGCACAAACAACGCGCUGUUACCAUGACCACCUAUGCUGCAAGCCCUACUGCCUAUGUCUACUUGCUUGAUGGGCAGGAAAUCUCGGCCGAGGAGGUGUGCGAUGGACUACAGGACAAUGCAUUGAAGUUUGUGGAUGGUUCUGAUCCUGGUGUCUGCUCUUCCAGCGCAGCUGCCUCUACCAGCAUCAGCGUUGCCGUUCCGACCACCACUCCUGCGGUUCCGACCACGGCCGCUGCCGAGCCAACUACGACCUCUGAGGCACCGACAACUUCGUCUGCUGCAGCCUCGAGCAGCGGUCCCGCGGAAUUUUACCAAGCGCCAGCCUCGUCCUCGUCGGCUAGUGCCAGUGAGGCCCCCUCAAGCUCCAGCGCCAGCGCAGCGCCGUCCGCCUCUGCCUCCGCCUCCGUUUCUUCCAGUGGAACUGGCAUCAGCGCACCUUUCCCUGAUGGUCAACUCUCAUGCUCCCAGUUCCCCUCUGACUAUGGUGCUGUCGCCCUGGACUACCUUGGGUUGGGAGGCUGGUCCGGCUUGCAAGCCGUCACGAUCGCCGGUGGCUUUGUUAACCACAUUGUCACUGGCGUUUCAGGUGAUACCUGCCGGGAGGGCAUGAUGUGUUCGUACGCUUGCCCGCCGGGCUACCAGAAGGCUCAAUGGCCUUCGACUCAGGGUUCCACUGGCCAAUCGGUUGGAGGUCUUUCUUGCAGUGGUGGAGUGCUUCGUUUGACAAACCCAAGCCUCUCCUCCACCCUUUGCAUAGCCGGUGUUGGAGGUGUCCAGGCCACGAACAAGGCUAGUGGCGUGGUCGCGAUCUGCCGUACCGACUAUCCUGGUACCGAAUCCGAAACCAUUCCAGUCGAGCUUCAAGCCGGUGAGACCGAGGCGUUGGCUGUGCCUGACGCUGCCACCUACUACACUUGGGAAGGCAAGUCAACGUCUGCCCAAUACUACCUCAACCCGAUUGGAUACCCUGCGUCAAAGGCUUGCCAAUGGGGUAGCCCUGGUACGCCCUUGGGCAACUAUGCUCCGAUCAACUUUGGCGUUGGUGCCAGUGGAGGUGUGACAUGGUUGUCCAUCUUCCAAAACUCACCUACCACCAGCGCCCAGUACGAAGGAACUGUGGAGCUUCAAGGCAAUCUGUCCGGCUCUUGCAAAUAUCAAAACGGACAAUACUGUAGCUCUACAGGAUGCAAUUCGAACGGAUGCACUGUAUCUGUCAUCUCUGGCACGGCCACCUAUGUCAUCUCUAGCUAA